GCAUGGGGCUGUGCGGGCGGGGCUGGGCGCGCUGCGGGGCCCUGCGGCUGUCCGGGGGGCCGGGCCCCUUCUGGGCCUUGGCGCUGGGCAGGGCCCUGCUCCGGCCGUGCCGCGUCGGCGGGUGGGCGCCCCCGCGGCCGGAGGGGACGGCUCGGUACGGUCUCUGGGCGGCGGCGGCGGGCGGGCGGGCGCCGGCCCCGCGGGCGUCCCGCGGGCUGCGGAGCUCCAACCCCUUCACCCGCAGGCAGGAGGAGGAAUGGCGGCGUCGGAACCGGUCGGCGGUGGCCUACAUCGCCGCGGCCGCCGUGGGCAUGGUGGGCAUGUCCUACGCGGCCGUGCCGCUCUACCGCCUCUACUGCCAGGCCACCGGCAUGGGCGGAACAACGGGCGCGGGGCACGGCUCCGAGCAGAUCGAGAGCAUGGAGCCCGUGAGAGACCGGGUCAUCAGGGUCACGUUCAACGCGGACGUGCACUCCAGCAUCCAGUGGAACUUCAAACCCCAGCAGAGCGAAAUCUACGUGGUACCUGGAGAGACUGCACUGGCAUUUUAUAAAGCAAAAAAUCCUACUGACAAACCAAUAGUUGGAAUCUCUACCUACAAUGUAAUACCCUUUGAAGCAGGACAGUAUUUCAAUAAAAUACAAUGUUUUUGUUUUGAAGAACAGUGGCUAAAUCCUCAAGAGGAAGUUGACAUGCCUGUCUUUUUCUACAUUGAUCCAGAAUUUGUAGAGGACCCUAAAAUGGCUAAAGUUGAUUUGAUCACCCUCUCUUACACUUUUUUUGAAGCAAAGGAAGGACAGAAGUUACCUCUUCCUGGAUAUCAGUAAUGGACAAUCCAUACACAGUUGGACUUCUGCUACCUGACUGCCAGUUUUGAAACCUUUUUCCAUGGAAGGAAAAACUGCACAAGUACUGUGUAUUUCUAUUUAAAAAACAAAACAAAAAAUGUAGUUGGAAUAUUAUUUCUUAGGAAUAGUAUUUCUUCAUCAGACAGUAGAAGGGCACAUGCUGUUCCUGGAAGACAGAGGGUUUUCUCAAAGUAUCUUUUUAUAAGAUGAUACAUGUUAUCGGAGUACUGCGAGGCAAAGUUUUGAACCCAAGUAUAAAUUGAAAUAUUCAUUUAAAUACAGAGGAACAAAUCAGUUUAAGCAUCUAAAAUUGCAUUGCUGGCUCUGAAGAAUAUCUUCCAUGUAAGCUACUUUAUAGACAGGUAGAACCAGGUAAUCGGUUCAUGAAAUCUCAAAACUAAACAAAGUUAGACUAGUGCUAUGUAACCCUCCCAUGGCACAGGAGGGUACAGUGAUUCAGAAGAUUAUGCACCCUCUCGAAUUAUACUGAAUCAGUAAUUUAUUUGGUAAGAGCAGACUGCUCUCACACUGUUAUCAUUUGAAUGAGGAACAGGAAUUUAAAUGUGAGCACAUCAAAUCUGUGGUUAGGUUUCCAUUUAGAAAUACCAUCUUCAAACUUUGAUAUCACGUUCAACUCAUUUAAAAUACCUGCACUGCUGAUGACCGCUCUUUCACUCCACAGAGGGCUGUGCACUGGGCACCUCUACACAGAGACAAACUUGGCUUAUUUGUGAAAUGCUUUGGAGGAAAGGGCGGUACAUAAACAACUGCUCUAAACUGCAGGCUAAGUUAACAGCAUAGGAAUCCCCUCAAAACCCAAAGGAACCCAACCCCAUUCAGAGGUGAAGUCUGACAAAGCCUGCCCAGAAGCCUGUCAGUUGUUCAGAGGUACUCCUGGGUGCUCUGUUUACCAUCAGAACACGUAAGCCUCUAUUUAUGUAACUUUUGAUUAUUAUCUGUGGGGUAAGGAUAAUAACACUUUAUCAUAGCUUAGCAAGUGAGGAGCGAGUUGCAGAGCAAGUUUAAGUGACCUGCUCGUUUUCAGACAGGAAUUCAUCUUAGCCCAGGAUCUCAUCUGCUAGGCCAGUUCUUUCUACCCCUUUCAGCAGAUGACAUUAACAAAGCAAAACUAAUGUUGGUUUGUUUGGACUCUAAAAAGGUAAUGGGUACAUCAGAAAUAACUUCCAGUUAGUCUCAGUUAUGUUUGCAUACCAUAAUUUAAGAAGUGCUUUUUUGAAAAUAAAUGGAUGCUACCUUUGAAGUGCAUUACUGUACCAAUUAUAUGUGGUGGUUAAAUAAUUUCUGGAAGACAUUCAUGUCAGGUCUUCACUGUGUAUUUAUUAAAGUUCUAAAACUUUUCA